UGCAAUCUGACAAUUUGUGUCUCGUUGUACGCGAUAGUUUUGUAUUCGUUAUUUCUGUUUUUUUUUAGUUAAAAUGCCUAAUAAAGCAUCCGUGUGUUGAUUUUUGGUCUAAUAAUUAAAUUUUAUGUGAUGUACGCAAUAACCGUUUUAUAUUUUGACGAAACAUGAAUGAGUUGACCCUCUUGAAUUUAGAGAUAUCCUGUCUCACAAAAACACUAACGGCACAAAGCAAAAAAUGUACAACCAUAAAGAUAAAAACGGUCGAUUUACUCAACAAACUUUUGGAUACUGUAAGCGUGUUUUUAACAAACCACUCCAUCGAACCAAACAUUGACAAACGUGAUGCUGACGAUGACCUUCUAUUAGAUCAGUAUUUUCUUCUACCAAAAGCCGCCGUUUGUAAGCGCUGUAGUCACAUGUUGAAAUUUGACAAAUCACAUUUGCUUAAACAUUCGAAUAAGCAUUCAGUUCACAAAAAAUCUGGACAAAUCAAUCACUUCGAAGGAGGAAAAAAUGGGCUUAUCACGGAAUUAAAAACUGAUAAAAUAAAAAAAAUAGGAGAUGAACAACUGAUUAACGUUUCCGUUUCCAAAAAAAGGAAAAGCAAAAAGAAGAAAGUGUUGGAGUCUAAUAAUAAUCCACAAACUAAGGCAGAUAUUUUUUUAAAAUCUUUAACAGGAACAAUAAGCGUGAGCUCAAAAGCAGAGCUAACAACAAACACAAGAAAACAAUCCACUGAAAUAACUUCUUUAGAGGAAGCAGUUAGCGGUUUACAAUUAGAUGCCAAGCAAGAGCCCGAAAAGAAUUAUAAUAAAAACAAAUCUCUCGAGGAAGCAACUACUGCCAAAUCAACUGUUACUAUUGGCAUUUCUCAAAUAGUGCCUUCUUCGGCCAUUUCAAACAAAAGAACAGAAACAAAAGAGUUGAAUCAAAAUAUCGUUCAAACCAAAUCUGCUGCGUCGUCUGCGGCCAAUGAUGCUAAAAAUGUAUUACCAAAGAGGAAACCUCGCAAGCGUGGCCAUAUAGAAAACGCAUCUUGUACUGAUGAAGGUUGUUUUCCCAUAUGUACCACAGAUUUAACAAAAAAAAUGCAAAAGUUUUUACAAAAAAAGCCAGUUGAUCAUUUGAUUGGUAAAAAAAGACAUUGUUUGCAGGUUGCAGAGUUAUCAGCUCAUACAAAAAUUGCACAAAGCUUAGAAAAGCAGUUCAAGGCGAUCUUUCCCGAUGUAAAGGCUUAUCCUUUUGGCUCUAGAAUAACUAAUCUUGCUACUGAAACGAGCGAUCUGGAUAUUUUUCUAGACCUGGAAGGAUGCUAUGAUGGAAUCAAUUGUUCAAAGUUGAGACAGGAACGAUACGUAAGAAUAGUUGAACAAAUUCUGCGUAAAUCUGGUGAGUGGAUCCAUUUUGAAGCUAUUGUCAGUGCAAGAACGCCAAUUCUACGAACAUGGAAUAUUUCCGAGAAAAUCGACUGUGAUAUUUCCUUUGCGAAUGGGUUGUCACAUCGUAAUUCGAUGCUGAUUCAAUAUAUGUUCGAAUUGCAGCCAAUUUGUUAUGAUAUGGCAAUCUAUAUAAAGGAAUGGGCUAAAUAUGUCAACAUUAACGGACUCAAUAGUUACACUCUGAUCAUGUUAAUAUUAUUUUUCUUUCAACAAUUCAAACUCUUGCCCUCCGUAUACGAACUGCAAAAAGAUUCCAAAAACCCAACAUACAUUCAGACGUGGCGAGCGGAUUUUCAGAGAAAAACUUUAGAUGAUCUCGGUAUUCAUGUUGUGCCGGAAUCAUCUUUGGAUACCUAUUUGACAGGUUUUUUCUCGUUUUACGGAGCACAAUUUCCUAUUGAAACACAUGUGGUUUGUCCAUAUCUUGGCUUCGCUGUGCGUAAAAUAGAUUUCGAACCAGACAAUCUCCAAGUACCAAUGCAAAUGAGAGCGCUAGUUGAGUACUAUGACGAACUUCACGAUGAAUUGUCCAGCUAUAAUUUAGCUCACAAGAAACCGAUUGUUGUUCAAGAUCCGUUUGAUUUGAUUCACAACGUAGCAAAAAGUCUUGAUAAGUCAGAUGCCAGCAAAUUUCGCCAUUUCUGUUUGCAGACAGCGAUUCAAAUUGAUGAGAAUUUCUCUAAUAUAAAUAAAAACAAAGAAGCAUUAAAAACUAAUUAAGUGAACAAUCAUUUGUUCAAUACUUAGUAUCGAUUCUUGUUUAAUGUCCAUUUCAAUGUGAAAUAUAUCAAAUGAAGAAUCGGA